AGAGCUUGGACCAUAGUUGGCAUUAUUUCUUACAAGCGACAUGCUUUGCAGAAAGUUGAUUCAAUUUUCAGCCAUCUUUUUCAAUAAAUUCCUAGGGCAAGCUCAGCAACAGCGCUUCUUCCGAUUUGGGAUGAUGGAGAGACCUCCGCAUUUCAUGGCGAAAAAUUCAACGGCUGACGCGCAAAAGUAUCAUGGCUCUUGGGUACAAGCGAUUGAAUGGCUUUCUAAGCGUUUAGAUUUCACGUACAAAAUUAUCCCAACUGGUUUGGCGCUAGGCAAAGUGGAAAUGCUUAACGGCAGUGGAUCAUGGAGUGGGGCAAGCGGCCGUCUUCUUCUAAAAGAUUUUGACGUAUUGGGACCACCAAUUGUUGUUAGCCAAGGGCGAAAUCGAGCGUUUGAAUUUGUUGGCGCUGCCCAAGCGGACAACAGCGCAUUGCUUACACCUGCAUUGGCUGAAGAAAAUACCAUUUUAUCUACCAUCAAACCAUUUCAACCGACGGUAUGGGCAAUGGUACUUAUUUCUCUGUUGGCUGUGGCUGGCUGCUUUGCAGUCACAUCUGCAUUAAAUUUGCAUCGCAAUGGCAUCCGUCGGAACAGAUUGUUUCUCAUCGGUGACUACAUAUUUCACCUCAUAGCAAUCUUAACAAAUCAAGGCGAUGUGAUUACUUUACACAAGCACCUGUUCAAGUUGCCUUUCCGCUUAACCGCGUCCGUCUGGUGCCUGUUUGCGUUGGUUAUGGUCAACGUGUACAGUAGCACGCUCACGGCCCAUCUGACCGCGCGCAAAAUGAGUACUCCACCUAAAGACGCGUUUGAAAUCAUCGAAAAAGGAAUUCUUGCUUAUCUCAUAAUAGACGAUGGCUUAGGACGAGAACUUAUCCUGGGUGCAACGGGCGGGCCGUUGAAGAAAAUGGGAGAUGUUUUUCGUCGCCAUCCUGAAUACAUAAUACCUGAUCAAGAUACUGCAUUCCGCAAAGUCGCAUCGGGCUGCUGUUCUUACACUGAUUUGGUGAAUUAUUUAGAUUAUCGCAUAGGCCAAGAUUUUGAAGAGACGGGAAAAUGUCGGGUUCAUGUAGGAAAACCAACCAGCGGCUAUUCGUUUACUGCACUCUUUUUAAGAAAGGGAGAUAUUUAUCGUAGCUCCAUAAAUCAAGGAGUGUUGGACUUGUAUCAAACUGGACUAGUUGACCAUUGGAAAAAUAAAUAUGGUAGCAGGGGACUGAAACUGUGUCAGUCAACACCGAUGACAAAGAAAUUGAAAGAAUUGCACCGACUGAACACAAUCGACUUGGCAGGAGCUUUUCUUAUUCUUGGAGUUGGUCUUCUACUGUCAUUGAUGGCUUUCUUGGUGGAACAAUAUCGUCGUUGCAACACUUGUGUAAACUAA